AUGGGUGUUUGUGCAGCAGUACUGAUUGUCAUCGUCACCAUCUUCUUUCCUCCGCUCGGCGCAUGGGCUGUGGCAGGAUGUGGAAUGGACCUACUCAUCAACGUAUGCCUGACGAUACUUGGAUAUUUCCCAGGUCAUAUACAUGCGUUUUAUCUCGAAUACGUGUAUUACGACCGUCGACAACAAGCCCGCGAGGGCCAUUAUCCGCCGCGUCGUGCUCCUGGCAUCUACUCUGACAAGGUGCAAACUGGUGGACAAGGCCGUCGACAAGGUUAUGGAACGAUGGCACCGCCGCCUGCUGGGCAGCCUGCUGGUGCUGAAGCGCCUGUCGCUGGCCCUCCCUAUGAUAGCCAAGGUUAUAACAACAACCAAGGCUAUGCAAAUCAAGGCUAUGUCAACCAAGGGUAUAGCAACCAAGGUCAAACCCAGGGAUAUGCCUAA